AUGACCACGAUACAUAUGUCGACAUUGAAAGCAUGGCAGUUGAAAUACUGGGCUUUUCUCACUGGAGCUGCUUCCACGGGAACAAAAGCUGAAUUGCAGUCUGCACUGAAAAGACCAGAUGCUGUAAACGCUAGAUUGGACCGUUCAUUACCGCAGCGAAUCGUCAGUGUAGACAUGGGCAUCCGAAAUUUGGCAUUCUGCGCAUUGGAAAUACCCUCGUCGAACCAUUCCUCGGGACCAAUGCCCCUGAAAGUUACAAAUUGGAAACGUAUGGACUUGCUCAGUACCGCUUCUAGUUCUCCCGAAGCUUUAGACGUCGUAGCAGCCAUAGAAGACGCCGGAUCAAAGACCACCAAAGCACAGCGCCAGUUGGAAUCCGCCAUCGCAAGGGAAGCGUUCACACCCUCUUCACUGUCGAAGACUGCUUAUGGAGUUACCACAGAGCUUUUAAAUCUCAAGCCAACAAAGAUCCUGAUUGAAAGGCAACGAUUCCGCUCUGGUGGCGCAUCAACGAUUCUGGAAUGGACGAUCCGAGUGAACAUGCUCGAGAGCAUGUUGUGGGCUUGUCUAGAGACUCUGCGAGCAUCUGACACGAGCAUAGUGUCUCCUGAUAUUCAUGCAGUCAAUCCGGCGCGUGUUGCCCAUUUCUGGACCGAGGGUCUUGCAUCAAUUCCGUUGCGGCCACCUCAAGAUAUGUUCAUCUCGGGCAGUACGCUUGCAACCACAAUCAGUGACGCCGUGGCAAGAAAGGGGAAAGUUGACAAGAAGGCCAAGGUUUCAAUUGUAAGAUCUUGGGUCGCUGGAGAGUCAGACGAUGUCUCUCUAUCGUUCGAGGGGCAGGCGGCUGAGAUUUCAGAGGCUUUCAAGCAAGCGAGAGGUGGUCGUCUGAUAGCAGGCGGUAAGCUCGAUGAUUUGGCGGAUUGCUUGCUGCAGGCAGUAGCGUGGGCAAGAUGGGAAGAAAAUCGCAGAAUCAUCGWUCGACUUUGGCAGAGUGCUGGUGGCACAAUGCUUCCGGAAGGGUCAUGA